AUGGAAAAUAGACCCCUCGAAUAUCUAGGUGAAUCAGUCCCAAAGGACAACCCUAUAGCACCAACACCACCUUUGGCAUCAACUACUAAGCCGUCUAAUUCAGUAUUUAUAAUGAUAUAGGAGCCAACUUGCUCUUAAAUAUAGUCAGUCUUCAACCCGCAGUUAGAAAACAAUUAAAUACCAGAGUAGUCUUAGAUAUUAAUCUAAUAAGAGUUGGAAUAGAGUUUUGCUGAUGACGAUAAGCUCCAAGAUACUGAAUCAUUAGAGUUUGGUAAUGAAACACUAGAUGAUUAGAAUAAACGGAUUUCAUGCAGAAGCAAAGUAAAUUUCUCUAAGUUGAAUGAAUCAGAAAAAGUCAUGCGCCUAUAAAAUAUGGCAAAUCUAAUUAAGAAACUGAAACAAUAAGUAAGGCAACUCAAACAGAAAAAAACUAAAGGCAUUUAUAAAUAUUAGAGUAAUAAGCUGCCAACAAUUGGAGACUUCUAAAGGCUAGUCUUAACCCGCAAAUCAUCGUCUUAGCCCCUCCGCACUCCAUUCCAUGUUCCAGUUUCGGUGAAUUAGUGCUCCUCUCAAUAAUAGGACUUAUCUUCCACUAACAGUGGAUAUUACCAGAAUAAAAUAUAAUAACAGGUACCGUAUUAACAAACCUACCUAACAUGUGACCCACCGAGUUAAUUCAAUGCAAUUACCUCUAAUACUAAUAUUCCUAUCACGUCUCUUCCAAAAUAUUAAGAAUGUGAUGCGAGACACAAAACAUAAUUUAAUAGAUCCAAUGAUGACUGCGAUAGGAGAUGUCAAUAAUAAUAAUAAAUAUAAUCUAAGGAUGGAUUGAGGAAUAUGGAUGUUUAAAAUCCCAAUCUAUAAAUUUAAAUGUCGAGUCAAACUAUUUUAUCAUAACAAAGUCACAGUCUACCCAUUUAGAAGGCUUUAAGUCAAAAUCAAGAUCAAUGGUUACCCUUGGUCUAGUUAGCCAAUGGAAAUUAUUUUGAGACAAGAGAUCAACCAUUUUUUAAUAAUUAAACGGGUGCUACUGCAGCCUUAAAAAUGACCCAGAACACAUGUCAUAAUGGUGCAAUAUUUCAGAAUCUAGCUCCUAAUCUCAGAAAUUAAUACUGGAAUUAUAAUAUAUCUAAUUCUAGUAACUAGCUCGUAAACAAUCCAAGGUUCUGA